AUGACAGAGCCUGAGCGCAGCACGAGGCCCGGCGUCCUGCACGGGACCUCGGCGCCGUUGGACAACGCGCUGCGAACCGAACUGUGCGCCGCCAUCGAGGCCAUUUACGCGGCGGGUGGGUCCGACACGUCCAGCAAGCCAGCCGCCAACGACAACCGUCAAGAUGAACCUGAUGCUGCCUCCAGGCGGCUGUCUGAGGUUCUCAAGUUCUGGAGCUCGAGGAUUGAAGCGCGCAACCUGCUGCACCAGCGGGCCUUCUACCACCUCCACCCGCCCGCGAACAUCCGGGACUUUGAGAGCUGGGUCUUGGCCCGGAACAUGUGCGCCGCGGAUGCCGCUCUUGUCGCCCGACUGCGCUGCGAGUGCCCCAAGGCCGGCUUCGAGGUUCUCCCCGUGGUCCUGGAAUACACCGGGACUGCCUGCCAGUACAACGCGUGGGUGUCCAAGGAGCAGUCCAACGGCCAUGCCUCGGAGUCUCAAAUCGGAGAGGACGGGUUCUGGAAGACGUACCAGCACGUGCGCCACACGCCGCACGUCUACCAGUUUAGGGGGUUCUCGGGAGCGAACCUUGCGGAGGAAAUUGACUGCAAGGAAGGCAACGUCCUCGACGAGAGGAACAUUGCAUGGGAGCGUGCCCGCCGCGGGCUCUUCUUCUGGCAAGGGCCUCAGGAGCAGAGGUAUUUCGAUGAAGAGCGCCAGGCUCGCGAGAAUAACCCCAAAUGGUAUCAGAAGAUCGUCCCCGGGACGACGGCCGACCUCGGCAAGUAUUUCGCACCUGUUGGUCUGACCCCUCCACAUGACGCGACGUAUACUCACCAGCCGCAGGCCAUCAUGAUCGUGCCCACGAGCACGCAACUGGAUCUUGUUGAUUUCGCGGAAAACCCGCAGCCCUACGCCAACAUCUGGUGGCACUUACUCAAGCAGUGGGAGGCCCCCGUGAAGCGACAGGAGCAUUUCGAAGCCCUGGAGUCGCUGUGCGAUUAUGUGUUCCCAAAGGAGAGCGAAGCACCAGUGGAAACCCGAAUUCUCGGCAUGAAGGUCAGCAACCGAGAGGACUGGAUCCAGGCGUUAGAUCCACUCAUCAUGGGCGACUUGAUCGUGGUCUCCCUGGUCUUCCGGGCCCAUUCUCUCUUCGAGCGCCUCGCUGCUAACACGCCGGUACACCCCACAAUCAACUACGACUUGUUGUGUCAGAAUGCCGACAGGACGGGAUAUCCCGCGGCGAAAGCCCUCGGGGUGUUGCGCCGCUUUUUCUUCAAGAACGCCCUCUUACAGGUUGCCGCCCCGAUGAACAAGAUGCCGGUAGACUUUCAGAAUGUCGAGGCCAUCAACAUCGCCAAGGAGCUGAUCAACGAGGCCAUGACCUUGCUGAAGUCUCCCGUAACGGCGAACCACGGCCGCGUUAUCGCGGACUUUUUGAAGUUCUUUGAGAACUUUGACGACUGGCACAAAAUGGUCAACUCGGCCGUAUGUGGAUCUCGCGAGCUGCGGAAACAUGUACCCUUCAUCUUGGGUCUGCUGAACAGGCUGCUCGAUGUAGCAAAGCGAAACAACCUUCCCCUUGAUCAGGUGAAGAUGUUCUACAACGAUUACAAAAUGCCCGUCAUCAACGCUCCUCCAGGGUUGGUAAGCCAGCUCGUCAGCAACGUACUGAAAGACGACAGCACCGAGGCGCAAACCGCAAGACAGACGUGGUGCGAAGACGAGCCGUCGGCUGAGCUUCUCGAGGGUCAGAGCCAACCGCCCACGACAAGCUUUACCUUGCUCGCCGGCCUGUUCAAGGGUCUCGACCGGCUCGACAUGACGUCUGAACUAUCUCACCUUGUCAUCUAUAUUGUUCACCAUCAGGAAGAGAUCAAGCCGAUACACAUGGCUCCGCUGUGGCUGCCUUGUCUCAAAAGUCUUCACGAUCUCGUAGAUCCGAGUCCUGCAUUCCAGAAGCUCUUCCAGGCUAUUUUCGGUCUGUACCACAAGAUGGUGUUUGAUGACGCUUCCCUCCAGUUCGAGGACGCCCCGUCAUCCAUUACGCCACUGCGGCCCUGCUGCGCCGACUGCAAAUACCUCGACGCCUACUUUGAACAGCCCAACUGGAAGAAGUUUCAUCUGGUAAAGCCAAAGAAAGUGAUUGACCAUAUCCAGGAGCAGCUCCGCCAGCAGAGGAAGCCCAUCGAGACGACAAUCUUUGGCAAAAACGAAAUGUCCACCACGAUGCAGCUGAACAAGGUCUCCCUGGUGAACAAGGAGCUUGGCAAGAUUGAAGCGUUGCGCAGACAGGAGGCGUCCAGAACCGUGCGACAGUUCGAACCAUCGAGGUUGCUGCCCUUCCUCGGCGACAAGGGAGACAUCAUGUGGAAACUGGGCGAUGCUGAUUCCGCGGAUCCCGUCCAGCGCACACCAGCGAGGCCAUCACUUUCGUCCGCCAGCGGAUCCGGGCUUUCUCGGACCAGCUCGUCGUCUUCUGCAAAUACUUCCGUCUCCACGGCGACCCCUAGCAGGAGCGUUCGAGAGACGGUCGUCAAGAGAGAGCCAGGGGCAGGUGCUAGAACCACUGUCGGCGGCCUGGUCACACCAAAAACUGAACCGCGCAACGAGCUCGCGCGCGUCAAGACUGAGCACACACCCUCGAGCUCUUCGCACCACGGCCAACCCAGAAGCAUUCGCGAUAUGUUCGCGUCGGUCAAGAAGGAGAAGACGCCGGGAAGCGCCCAGGCCAAGAGCGGGCUGUCUACGAGGGAUCGUCUCAAGAACCUCCAACCGCCCCGACGAGAGCAGUCCACGCCCAAGUUUAACGACUACUCGAAACCGCCGAUGGGCUCCCUUGAUAAUGCGGUAGCGAGCAGCAGCUCCAAAGCACCCGAGCCCAUCGUCAAACGGGACCCGCUCGCAUCGUUUGGCGGCGGCGGAACGCGGAAUAGGGAGCCGGUGCGCAACGGGAUCCGGAAGAGGGCCGGGCUAACGCAUGACACCAAGACGGCGCCACUGUUGAAGACGGUCGGCAGUUUUGCAAGCAGACACAACGCCACCCCCGGCCCGUCAACGACCCCACCCCUGAACAGCAUGCCCGGGUCGUCAGCAUCCGCGUCGCGGGCGCCGGAUUUCAUGUCAGCGGUCCUGGACGCAGAAAAAGCCCGCAAGAAGCGGUCUUCCAAAUCGACGUGGGAGGUGAAGACGGCCGCCGGAAACGUGGUGAGCGCGGGAACGUCCUCGGCCAUGGCCAAGCCGCGGUUCGACGGCCUUGCUAAGGACAAGGAGAACGCGACGCGCCGUACACAUUUUGGCACGUCAGCAGCCGGCCGGGCCGCAAACGUGUUGUCGGCGCGCUCGCCCAACAUUGGCGGCUCUUCGGCCUCGACAGCGAGCAAGAGAAAGGCGGACGACGAUCUCAUCGACCUCUGCGGCAGCAGCAGCCCCGAGCGCGCGAGCAAGCGCAAGAAGAGCGCUGCUACUUUUGACCCUUUUGAAGACGACGACCCCUUUGCGGAUAUGUAG